GCUAUUGGCUGGCGGGCGCGUCACUACUACGAGAAGGGAAGAUGGCUGCUUUGGAAAGGGUGAAAGUGCUGGUGUUGGGUGAUUCAGGUGUGGGAAAGUCAUCGCUUGUUCACCUCUUAUGUCACAAUCAGAUGUUGGGAAACCCGUCUUGGACUGUAGGCUGCUCCGUUGAUGUCCGAAUUCAUGACUACAAAGAAGGAACCCCAGAAGAGAAGACUUAUUAUAUUGAAUUAUGGGAUGUUGGUGGUUCGGUGGGCAGUGCCAGUAGUGUAAAAAGCACACGUGUUGUGUUCUACAACUCAGUUAAUGGCAUAAUUUUAGUACAUGACUUAACCAACAAGAAGUCCUCCCAGAACCUGUAUCGAUGGUCUUUGGAAGCUCUCAACAGAGAUACGGCUCCAUCGGGAGUGCUGGUGACAAAUGGGGACUAUGACCGUGAGCAGUUUGCCGAUAACCAGAUUCCGCUGCUUGUCAUAGGGACCAAGCUGGACCAGAUCCCAGAAGUGAAGCGCAGUGACGUCUUGACCAGAACUGCUUUCCUUGCUGAGGAUUUCAGUGCAGAAGAAAUUAAUCUGGACUGCACCAACCCUCGCUACCUGGCUGCAGGCUCCUCCAAUGCUGUGAAGCUUAGUAGAUUCUUUGACAAGGUCAUAGAGAAGAGGUACUACUUACGAGAUGGUAACCAGAUUCCUAGCUUCCCAGAGAGAAAAAGAUUCGGAGGCGGCUUUGUAAAGAAUCUUCACUACGACUGACCAUCACUUGCCAACUAGAGACUAUGGGAAAAUAACGCUUUUACUGCAACAUUCCUGUUACUGCAACAGAUACUUUUUGCUAACAAAAUCAAGUUCUGGAGCACAUGAAUCGCCAAGGCUGCUCCACUGCAAGUGCUUCUGAACAUACGCAGAAGGAUCUCUUUCCAGACCUCUGGAAAGAACCCGAGAUCUUUCGGACAUAGUGCAAUGAUUUGACUGGAUAGCCAGCAUCACCGUGGGAUAUGCUGCCCCAUAAAAUGGGGUUGUAUCUGUCCAAGUGAUACUCAGAGUAGGCCCACUGAAGUCAAUGAACAAGUUUAUUUAUUUCCAUGGGUCUACUCUGAGUAUGACUUGGUUGAAUGCAAGCCCAUGUUUUUUUCUGUGUUCUGAAAGUUUUAUGAACCUGUGCUUCCACCCCUAGCAGAAUGGUUGUGCUGAGGUGGACUCUAAAAAAUAAUUUAAGAACCAAAAUAUUUAUAAGCAACAAAACCAUCAGCAUUCCACCUUACUGAACAAUACUUUUGCUGAUCCUAUGGCGUUGAUUUCAUCCUGUUGCUAAGGGACCCCUAUCCAAAAUAUCUAUGAGCUGUAAAGAGUUAUGUAAAAAAUAAGCGAGGGAAAUGGGAAGAGAUUUGGAAAGCCUACAUUGAAAAUAAAUGAUGUUGCUAAGCACAAUUUUAAAAAAA